AUGCAGUGUGACAAAGAGAAAUUUUAUGCAGUUAAUCGAUAUUUAUCUUCAAGUUUUCGUCACUUUGGACGGCUGAUUGGACGUCAUCCAUUGUAUUCUGUAAUAACACCAUUCCUGUUCACUGCUCUAGCUUCUUUGGGUUUAUUGAGGGUGCAAAUUGUUAAAGAUUCGGAAUAUUUAUUUGUUCCAUCAAACGGAAGAACGUUGAAAAUCAGAUCAGAAAUUGAAAAGUUCUUUCCGGAAAAUGCUACAGAUUUUGAUCUUUCACGAGUAACAAUGUAUAAAGGAAUGAACGGUAUUAUAGCGACGUGUAAAGAUGGAGGAACAAUGAUGCGUGAAUACGUAUUUGAUGAAUUACAAAUGCUAAACAAAAAGAUUCUCGACAUAAAAAUAACAUGGAAAGGACAAAACAUAACGUAUUCCGAUAUCUGUAUGAAAUCGGAAGGAGAGUGUUAUCAAAAUAGUUUAUUAUCUUUAAAAACUAAAUUUGAAGAUGUCAGAAGAAAAAAGCUGAAAAUUAAGUAUCCGAUGGAGAUAAAUUCAUCGCACAUUAAUGUAGAUGCUAUCAAUUUAGGAGGAGUUUCAACUGACGAAAACAGUUUUAUAACAGAUUUCCAAGCAUUUCGUUUACUCUAUUUCGUCGAUUAUCAUAAUUCCAGCAAACAGGAAAUUGCUCAUAAAUGGGAAGAAGAAUUUCUGAAAACAGUUUCUCAAAAUUCUUUCGUUCACAUCCGCGUAUCAAAAAUAAGUGGAAUUAGUAUCGAUAAUGAAAUUAAUAAUGUAUUCGUAAAUAUUGUAUGGCAUAUUAUUAUUAGUGGAGCAUUUAUGAUAACAUUUGCAAGUGUAACUUGUCUGACGAAGGACUGGGUGACGAGUAAACCGCUGAUUGGUGUUUCCGGAUGUGUCUCAUCUUUCUUUGCUGUGAUAACUGCCUUUGGUAUUUUACUACUCUGUGGCAUGAAUUACAUCGAAGCAAAUUUGGUUGUUCCUUUUAUAGUUGUAGGUAUCGGACUGGAUGACUCAUUUGUUCUGUUAGCGGCUUGGAGAAAAACGAAUCCCAAAGAUUCUGUUGAAAAGAGAAUGAGUGAAACGUACUCCGAGGCUACCAUAUCGAUUACCGUAACAUCCUUGACUAACGUUGCGUGUUCGUUAAUAGCGUUAACAACUCCCAUCAGAACUCUCCAAAUUGCUGGAAGUUACAUGGCUUUAAGUAUUUUCAUAGAUUACAUCUAUCAAGUUACAUUCUUCGGCGGACUUCUUGCACUGGAUGGUUAUAGAGAAGCCAAGAACUUGCAUGCAAUACUCCUCGUUCCUGUUAAACUGGAUGAACGACCAUCAGGUAUUCUGGGAUUUAUAAAGUACGGCUGUUAUUCAAGCAAACUUAAUGAAAAUAACACAGCAAUGACUUGUUAUAAAAAACAUUUAGGAAAGAUUUUGACUUUUCCAAUUGUGAAAGCAGCAAUUAUUAUUAUUUUUCUCUUGUAUCUCGCUGGAGGAAUCUACUUUACUAAAUAUAUACAGCCUUCUACAGGUAUCAAAACGGCAUAUAACGACAAUUCUUACAUGUUAAACUUCUUUAGCGAUGAAAAUACGUUCUAUUCGCAAUAUCGAGAUAGAGUCCAGAUAAUUGUUACAUCAUCAUUGGACUACUCCAAUCCAAACAUCCAGAAUAAUCUAGAGAAAUUAACGACAGAACUGGAGAAUUCUCCUCAUAUGGCCGGAAGUAAUUUCACGGAAUCGUGGCUGAGACUAUAUCUGAAAUCCAUUAAAAAUCCACAGUUUUGGAUUUCUCUCAGAGGAUACAAUUUGAGUCGACCCGAAGACUUCACCGAUGCUUUACGCAAAUUCCCACAGCAACUCAAUCAAUAG